AUGCGGAAUAUAGUCCUUCGAUCACAAGAUCACGGAACCGGUCUUGUACUUGAGGAGUCAAUACUGGAAUGGAUCUCUCAGUCUACACAAUUUGAUCUUGUGAUUAUCGAUAAGGUCAUCAACAUAGCUCAAAGGUCUUCAAGCUUUUCUUCCAAGAUCAGCAAGCUAGAUUGGCCUUUCCCUGAGAUCUCCGGAUCAUACCUCUAUCGAAUCGAGAAUGCAGAUUCGAAGACCGGUCUAUACCCUGUUUAUCGUCUAUAUCCAGAUACUUCCAAGGCCUUCGUAUUGGGAUGUUAUCCUGUACAUGAUGGAUCAGGAGGAUAUUCGAUGCUGAACAAGGUGGAUGGAGUAGGGAAUCUGAUGAUACCCGUACCUUCUAGAAUGCACAGUAUGAAUUGUCGAGGUAGCUUGCAAGGAUUGCGAUUGGGUGUAAAAGAUAUCUUCGAUGUCAAAGACCUUCCUACCAAAGCAGGAAGCAGAGUAUUUGGACAUCUGAACGGCCGAUUCCUAAAGCAAGAGACAGCUCCAAGCUUGAAGAUUCUCGAGGAGGCUGGUGCUGUGAUUGUCGGAAAGGUCAAAACGUCACAUCCAUUCUGCCCCCGUGCAGACGGAUAUCAAUCUUGCGGAUCGUCAUCCUCGGGUAGCGCGUCAGCAAUAGCCUCAUAUGAAUGGCUUGAUUUUUCCGUAGGCUCAGAUACAGAUGGUUCAAUCAGACAUCCAGCAGCGAUUGCAGGACUAUAUGGAGUUCGACCCACUCAUGGACUGGUAUCGACGGAAAGUGUCUUACCUGCCCUGCCACGGGUGGAUACUGUUGGCAUCCUCGCUAGGAGUAUCGACACUGUGAAACGUGUAAUGCAAGUCUGGUCUUCCGAACAGCGAGAAAAGCACGCAAGACUCACCACUCUGCUGGUACCUUCCGAUGAUAUGGGGAACUUACGACAAGAUAUCAAAAACCUUUCCUAA